UCCUGUGUGACUGCUCACAGUGCUGAGCAGUCUGGGACUGAAAAAAGAGACAGACAGAGAGAAAGUGAGAGAGGAGGGUUCAUGGAUUUGGGGAGUUGGAUAGACAUAGAGAAAGACAUAAGAAAAAGUCAAAAGGAAGAGUGAGUGGGCGAAAUAUUUGAAGGGGAGAGACUGUGUCCUCUCUCGUCUCCCCUGUAUCUCUAAAGGAAGCUAUGGCAGACAACAGCACUCAUCCUGUUUUGGAAAUACUGAAGUCCUUCGGAUUGAGGGAUGUGAUUCUGGCCUUCUGUCUUUCUAUGGUUGUUGGUCUUGUGCUGGGAGCUCUGGUCUAUAUGAUCUUGAUCUGGAUGUCUCGUCGACGAGCAUCAGCCACCAUCACACGUGUACCCAUCCAUAAAUCCCGCUCCACCACCCGUUCAUCCUCGCCACGCUCUCGGCCAGGCUACAGUCGACACAGCAGUGGCUAUGACCAACGCGGCAAUAACAAUCUGGCCAGUGCUGCCUUCUCCUUCCAUCGGCAGACCUCACCCUCACUGAUAGACUAUGGUGACUCACCAGGGCGCAAGUCGAGCUUCCGGGCCUCUACUUUUCAUCCUCUUCUCCAGUGUAGCCAGAUUGCUCGUGAGGCAGAAGAGGGUACCCAAGGCAGCCUGCCACGGACCCCCACUCUCACUACCAACCCUGGGGCGCCUGGAUCCACCAGCACUGUCAGUUCCAUGGUCACUCCACCCCAGGCCAGAACCAGACCAGAUUCCUUCUGGGGCAACAGCAAUCUAAAGGCCUUAAAUGCUGGCCAGACUCCACCACCUGCCUAUGAGAGCAUCAUACGUGCCUACAAAGAGACGACCACGUGAAGGAAGGGGAGAUGCUACAGUGAUAGGGGGAAGAUAAAUGUAUUAAUAAAUUUGGACUAGAACAUUGGACCACUGAAAGCAGUAUGGAUUUCUUAAACUGAUAUGGCCAGUUUUCAAUGUGUGUAUAUGUGAAUAUUUCUGUUUUUUUGUACUCUUUUAAAAAUAAAGGUUCUUUAUUAGGAUCUGGUUACCAUAUCCAUGGAACUUUCCAUUGAACAUAAAGUUAUGGUGGAAAAAUGUUUUUUUCUUUUUUUAAGAAUAAAAUAGUCUUCUUACUACAAGAAAAAUAGGUUCUUUUAAAAACUGUUCCAUGAAAGGUUCUUUGGGGAACUAAAAAUAUUUAUUCUAUGGCAUCACUGCAAAAAUUUAUUUCUGGAAUCUUUAUUUUUAAGAGUUUAGUGUGCUAGGUCAAUCUGAAAUACUUAUACCAGAAAAUGUGUGAAAGAUAGAGUGAGAUGACUUUUUGGUUUCUAUGGGUCUGCUUUAUUGAUUUAGUACAAGGACAAAAGACCUAUAUAUUUUCAAGGAGAUAAUAUGUGACCCUGGACCACAAAACCAGUCUUUAAUGUCCGUUUUUCAAAAUCGAGAUUUAUACAUUAUCUGAAAGCUGAAAACUGUUGAAAGCUGAAAGCUUUCCAUUGAUGUAUGGUUUAUAGGAUCGGACAAUAUUUGGCUGAGAUACAAUUAUUUGAAAUCUGGAAUCUGAGGGUGCAAAAAAUCUAAAUACUGAGAAAAUCGCCUUAAAAGUUUUCAAAAUGAAUUUUUGCCAAUGCAUAUUACUAAUCAGAAAUUAAGUUUUGAUAUAUUAACUGUAGGAUAUUUACAAAAUAUCUUCAUGGAAUAUGAUCUUUACUUAAUAUCCUAAAGAUUUUUGGCAUAAAAGAAAAAUAUAUAAUUUUGACCCAUACAAUGUUUUUUUUAAAUACAUCUAAAAAUAUACACCAACGACUUACGAGUGGUUUUGUGGUCGAGGGUCACAUUUGUUUGUGUAGAGUGAUAGGGACAGAUCUGAGAGCAUUACUGAUCUCUGUUGCAUAUUCCUAGACAAACACUCAUUUUAAAUCAUUUAGCACCAAACUCAGUAGAUUGUGAAUUUAUUGGUUUUCUGUGAACUGUAGUCUUUUGGAAUCAUUGUAAAUAUUUCCCAGUGCAACUGUACUCAUAAAAAUAAAGUGAAACAAUGGAU